UAGCCUGUUGCAUAUUAAUGUAAGCUAUUUUAAAGGUGUUUUUUUGGGAUUGUUUGUUUCAUGUGAAAGUAUGCUAAGAAAUGAAGAGUUUUGUGUGAUGGGGAGGGAACUGACAGAGGUGCACAUGGAUGUUAAGCCAAACGGUUUAGUGAAAUCGAUUGUUAAUCGUGUUAACUUGCAGGGCACCGAGCCAAAUAACUUAACUGUCAAAAAAGGAACAACCGAAAACUCGGUCAUUGAGGAUGGUCAGGAAAAGCAAGAUGUGCUAUGUGUUAAAAGCACAAAUUUUAGUACCGACAUCCCUGAAGAGAAAAAUGAAAAGGCUGAAGAUCAGAAGUCUGCUGACAAUAUGUUGAGCACUGCUGAAUCUACUAGAGUUGAAAAUACUCAUUCGAAUGACACUACUUCCGAAACUGGUGCAAAUGGCAUGGAAACUGUUAACUCUACACCUUCCCCUACUUCUGCAAAGGAUUCGGAGCCAAACCGUCCUAUGACUCCUUUGAUGUCAAAGAAGCCAUCACAACCUUAUGAGAGGAAGCCUGAUGAAGAUGAUACUUGGUCUGUCGCUUCCUCUGCUAUAUAUGCUCGACGUUCAAGAUUGAGGGUAACUGUUGGAUCUUCUCCAACUUUUAGAAGUGCUGAACGUGCUGAGAAGCGGAGGGAGUUUUACCAGAAGUUAGAGGAAAAACACCGAGCUUUGGAGGCUGAGAGAAGCCAGUGGGAGGCAAGGACCAAGGAAGAGCAAGCAGAAGCCCUCAAGGAGCUUAGAAAGAGCAUGGUUGUCAAAGCAAAUCCAGUACCUAGUUUCUACUACGAAGGACCUCCACCAAAGGUCGAACUCAAGAAGCUGCCACUGACUCGGCCAAAGUCACCAAAUCUUACCCGGAGAAUGAGCUGUGGUGACUUAGUCCCUGCCACUCAAGUUGGAAAGGCAAAAGCUUGCUCCCGAACUCACCGCCACAGCUUAGGUAACGGAGUGCAACGAUCCACUACUGCAAAUAUGGUCAAAAGCAAGAUCCAGGUCAGUGGACAGAACAGCAACAGCAAUGGGACUCACAAGGUGAAAGAUCAAGCAAAACAGGAUUUUAACUGACUCUCCAAGCAGGGAAAUGGUCUUGAAGUUUCAGUAGUGCCCAUAUGGAUGUCCUGAAAGAAAAGUAGCCCGAUUCAUUUUCUGCAGUGAUGAGUUGGUUUCUCUUAGUGGGUUUGGGUUGAUGUGAAAUGUAUAUGUUGUAUAAGUUAUAUUGUCACAAUUCUUGUCAUAUAUAUGAGAGAGGUAAUGACCCUAAUGUUAAUGAAA